GAUCCGAUAGCUAAAAGUCCGAUAAAAAGCUCUCAAAAGGUGUGGUUAUCAGAUCAAACCGAAACCAAACCAGUAUCCCACCUCUCUUUGUCUCCGUUCAGCCGCUGCGAAUCCCUCCUCUCUCUUUACCGUCACCUCUUCCGCAACCGGACUAGGUUCUUCCCUUGCCCACAGAGGCUAUGUCUCUAUCACAGUUUCUAAUGCCCUCGUUGCCUCUGCCAUUUGGGAAACUUGCGUAGUAGUGCCCUUUGUUUUCGCCGACGUUUCUGUUCUCGCAUACUGCGGGUCAAUUAGGGUUUCCACAGUUCCCUCUGUCACCAAUGUUUCUGGUGGCUAGUCCAAAGUCGAGAGAUAUAUGAGCUUAAGUACAUCUCAAAACAGAGAAGGCUCUUUGCUUGCUGGAGUUGAGUUGUUCAUCGAGUAACUGAGAAUGACCUCUCAGUUCAGCAGUUGGAAGAACUCAAUCAAUGCCAUGGAAUCUCAAAGCCAAAAUACCUCUUUCCAGAAGCUUCAUAAUGUGGAGAAGAGAAUUGUUAGGGUAUUGGAGAUUGCUGGAGCUGUAAUGGAUGAACUAUCUAACUCAACUGGUCCAAGGAUGGAAAUGCUUAACACCCACUGUCGUGAGUUCAUGCAGUUGAUCAAGGACAUCCAAAUGACGCUACGGGAGGAAAUCAGAAGUGCUUGCGAGUACCGCCCAUUUGAAAAGUGUGAUUACAGUUCAAGAAUCUCUAAUGAGAUCUGUUGCAAGAAGCUGGAAUACAUUAUUGAACAGUUGGACAGCAUGAAAGAAUGCAUAUAUCAAUAUCAAGAUGCAGAUCCAAACAAUGGUAUUCAAGUUGUAUGACACUAACAGAAUCCCUCCCCCCAACCAACCCACCCCCACCCCCCCAAAAAAAAAAAAAAAAAUCCCGGUUAGAAUAGUAUGGAUUAGGAUAAGUGAACCAUCCUCAUCUGACAGAUCGUUCUGAUUAGAAUAACUGUAGUUCUGGGAAUUUGUUUAUAUUCUUGCUUCUGCAAUGUCGUACAGUUGUGCUUAAUGUAAGGCAUUUAAAGCUUUUGGCAAAGCGUGCAGUGGGAAAAAUGCGGCAAGCAAUGUAUGAAAAAGGAGGGAUCAGAAUACAGAACAUGUGAAGCAAUACUUUGCUGUGCAACAAUUGGAAUACUCUGUUUCUUUCCAAUCC